CACCGAGUGCCAGCACAUUGUUACUAAACUUGCGUAAUCGUUCAAUCGUUUUAAUCGCCGUUCCGAAUGGGGUCGUCGUACGUUCAGGAACGCAUCGUCGCGGAUUGUCGGGACGGAAAUAACUCAAGGAACAUGGCUCAUAAAGUCCGUAGUACCAGGGAAACUUGCCUCCCGCCUGAUCGAGCUCGACGCGGAGUUUGCUAAUCGCCGAAGGCCAAGCCGAAUGCAAGUCGAUGACUCCUCUCUUCCGAUCUCAGCUGCCUUUCCUCGCUAACGACAUGAGAGGAUGUUGGCUAGAUUCAAGAACGCCUGUCAGUGUGGAACACCGAAGUGCAACUUUCAUCUUCCAGGAAUGGAGAAGCCAGAAUCAUCCGCCGACGGUGCCAGUGCGAUGGAUCUCGAAGACAGGGAUCCAAAUAGUCUUAAUCAACAUCUUCAGGUGAUGUGGGACGACGUGAUCGGCGAACCAGAAGGCAUUCGAAGUCCGGAAUGCGCUUGGCGCUUGAGUGGCCACUGUUUUCGUCUUUCGAGGGGUUGCUGUUAUAUAUUUCUCUCGGUCUUGGUCGCACCCUUGCUCGCACUUUGCCUUGGUUUUACGUUCGCCUGCCUUGCGUUCGAGCAUAUAUGGUGCGUCGCUCCUUGCCUUCGAGUAUGGAAAAUAACAUGCGCAGCUACGAGAAGCUUCUUUACAGCUUUCGUUCAAGCCAUCGUUAGACCUGUCGCAGACGCCGUUGGAUAUCUCUUCAAUAAUAUACGCGUUCUUAAUCAAAAAUUACCAGACGGUCCCGAAAAAAAGGACGACAUUCUUAUAGUCUGAGAAUAUAUUUCCAAGUUUAUCAUAAUUUUUUCUUUUAACACAUUACGGACAGAUCAUAUAUAUAUAUAUA